AUGUUUUCGCUACGACAAGUGUUCUCGCUGUGUAUCUGCAAUGACACAGCGGCAGAGGUCAGCGAAGAAGUCCGUUUCAAAAGUGGCCAGGGCGACUUCAGCACUGUGAAUGUGUCGCCGCAGUGUGCCGUGCACAAGGAGCAGCUUGACGAGCUCUUCCGAUCGAAGCCAUACCUGAAGUCCAAGGAGCACGAGCUCGCUUUCUUCAUCGACGAGCUGUGCAAGGCUAUCGAAAACGGCAACACUGAUGAGGCCCAGAACUGCCUUGACAUCCUGCAGAUGAAAUUGGAUCUGGAGGAAAAGCAAAUUUCAGCUGCAUUCAAAAAAUUCGAUCACAGUGGUGACGGCGUCCUCGCUAAAAACGAGGUCAAAUUCAUGCUCGACUACUUGGGCUUCCCAGAUACCCAAGAAGAUGUGGAUAAGCUGAUGAACAAAGUGGACACGAGCCGCGAUGGAACAAUUCAAUUUGACGAGUUCUUGCGCUACGUUGGCAAAGUCGGCGGCACAGGAAAGCUCUUCGAGAUUCGACGGCAGCAGAUCCAGGAGCGUGGAGGCUUCAAAGGUUCCAUCUCCGAUCCAGACAAUCUCCGAGUGGCCUUGCAGGAGUGCGGGAUCAACCCGGAAGCACAGGCCCACUGGCGACUGACCGCUAGUGAGUCGGAGCUAGACAGUGCUGCCCAGCUCCGGCCAUGCCAGCAGGCGGCAAUCCGUCACAUUCGAAACCUUGCCCAAGAGAACCACGAGCGAGCGCUGCCGGAGUUGCAGAAGAGAGUGCUAAACCUGGGGUACACAGACACAGAGCUCUUCAUGGCACUUUCUUGGGUCAGAGAGCUGGCGCCAUUGAUUGUACAUAUCAACUUGGACAAGGUCGGCCAGUUCUUCAUGAAGGACACGCAUUAUCGGAACCAGUUCGAGACCAAAACGUCCGGUGGGUUGUUGAAAACCUCGGCUCGUGAAAAGUGGGAGCGCGGACUCUUCGGCACAGCCUAUGAUGGUGCCAGACCCGCUGAAAGACCGAAAUACGGAGUGCAGAACAUUUGGAACGACCCCAGAGGCGUUGUCGGGGCCCGCCAGUAUGGCGAUUCCUACAUCGUCUUGAAGGAUAUCCGCCUGCGAUGCACUCUUUCUCCACAAGAUUCCGCGAACCUGCCAGCUCGAAGGCUCGCAGUUCUGGACUACUACGCCCACGUGCUUUUGGAGUACAGCGACAAGGAGCUGAAGGAGACAAUCCGUGUUGCAGAGAAGGGUGAUGAGAAAGUUGGGGAUUCCGAGAAGGUCGUCGAGAAGUGGGGCAUGUACAAGGAAGCACAGCUUCAUGGUGAGAUCGAUCUGCGAAAGCAUGUGGAUCGUCUCGUAGCGAACGAGCGCCAUAGGAAGCAAGCGGACUGGGUGGAAAGUAUUUGCAAGAAGAACGGCUGGACCCUCACAUGGAUGGAUGAAAUGCGGACCCAUCUCGAAGACAGGCAGAGUGGGGUCGAGCUUGAUGCAAAGCAGUGGGAAGCAAAGCUCAAGAAGCUGGGCAGUGCAAGCAGUGCCAAGCCCUGA